GGGGGGAGCAGCGAGGGGGGUGACCGGGGGGGUGGUGGUGGACGUCUCGAGGAGUCCGUGGGUCCGUCCAGGAGUCGAACUCUCGCCAAGGAUGUUGCUCAGCCGCAUGAAGGACCGCAUCGUCAGCGGGAAUCCCCUGACGCUCUACCGGUUGAUCGCGGCGUGGAUCUGCUGCUGCUGCAGCUGCUGGCUCGGGCCGACGAGUGCCCAGGCGCCAUGCGGCGGGCUGGAGGAGGACGUGACGGGGCAGGUCUUCUCGGUGGGCUACCCCGGGCAGUACCCCAACAACGCCAGCUGCGAGUGGCUCAUCCCCGCGGGGCCCCUCGACUCGGUGACCCUGAGGGUCACCCUCCUGCAGGUGGAGCCGCACGAGACGUGCAUCUUCGACAGGCUGCUGAUCACGAUCCCUGCGUCUGGCGUGAGCGAGUUGCUGUGUGGGACGAACGCGUCGCGCUACGGGGAGAUCGCGGGCCAGGGCGACGCGCGGCUCCUCUUCACCAGCGACUUCUCCCUCGUCGGCGGCGGAUUCAUCGUGCAGUACGAAGUGACCCAGCGGAACCCGCCGUGUGAGUCUGCGCCGUGCCGCUUCGGCGGCUCGUGCGAGAACAAACUCACACGCUACGCCUGCUCCUGUCCCGCCGGCGUCACGGGGAUCGACUGUGAGAUCAACAUAGACGACUGCGAGCCGAAUCCGUGCCAGAAUGGAGCGCGGUGCGAGGAUGGCCUCGACUCGUUCCUGUGCGCGUGUGAGCCGGGCUUCAUCGGAGAGCUCUGCGAGACCGAUGUGGACGAGUGCGCCUCCAGCCCGUGCCGCAGCGGGGGCAAGUGCGUGGACGGCGUCGACUCGUACCGCUGCGACUGCCCCCCGGGAUUCGCGGGGGGCGACUGCGAGACGGAUGUGGACGAGUGCGGUUCGGGGCCCUGCCAGAACGGCGGCACGUGCACGGACCGCGUGGCGUCCUACAGCUGCGAGUGCCGCCCGGGAUACGUGGGCACGCACUGCGAGACGAGGGUGGACGCGUGCAGCUCGUCUCCGUGCAGGAACGCGGCGCUCUGCGUGCCGCUGGAGGGCGCCUGGCGCUGCGAGUGCCUCGCGGGCUACGCCGGACACGACUGUGCCCAAGACAUUGACGAGUGCGAGUCCGGGCCGUGCCUCAACGGAGGGACCUGCACCGACGGCAUCGACUCCUACAACUGCAGCUGCCAGGCCGGGUUCUCCGGGUUCCACUGCCAGAUCGAUGAAGUGUUCGUGGCGAAUCUCAUCGGCUGGAUCGUCGGCUUCCUGGUGCUCUCGCUGACUCUCUUCCUCACGAUCCGCUGCCACAGGAAGCACGGCUGCCUCCGCAAGAGAGGAUAUUUCCGUGCAAGCGGCAACAAAGUGUGGCCGUCCCGGCCCAUCGCCCGCGAUCGCCUGCCGACUCCGAGGCCCCGGCGAGGCGUCCACGAGGCCGCCCUGGGGGUGCCCGCGGCGCGUCGCGGCCGUAGGAAAAUCCGUCGGCCGAGCGACUUCUCCCUGGACGCCCCGCCGCUCCCGGGGUCGUCGGGGUCCUCAUCCUCCUCCUCGGGCUCCUCGGGGUCCUUGCAGUCGUCCGGCUCCUUCCUGCCCGUCGAGGUGGCGGUACGCUCCAACAUUCCGAUGGCGAUGAGGGGGAUGGUGCUGGAGGUGACGGGGCGCGUCACGACUCGCGCGUCCGACGUCGACGCGUCCGCCGACGCCGCUACCGGAGCUACCGGCGCUACCGGCGGUGUCGCCGGCGGUGUCGCCGGGCCGCCCUACCGCGGCCGGCCCUUGUGGUCUUCUCGCUCGGCGUGGGGGGGCGGCGGUGGCGGUGGCGGUGGUUCGGUGCCCCCCCCCACCAUGCAGAGGGAGAAGGCGUUCAUCUGGUGACUCUCGCUAUCUCUCACCCGGAGCGUUACGGGAAGUCCGCCUGCCCGCGUGCCAUUUCACCGUUUUCGUUGUUUGGGAAACACUUGGCAUGUUACACCGUUGGAACCUCAUUUGCCAGUGAAAAAUAUGAUAAUUGGUUUUGUUACCCUUCUAUCUGGCAACAAAACUGACAGCUUUUUUUUUACAAGGAGUCAUGUUUGCAUAGACCACAAUA